AUGUUGCCUCAAAACAAGGACCAGGUGCUGCUACAGAACGCAGUACCGCCAGCGUGUUUCCCUCCGGUCUUUUCACGGUUUGUGGACGCCCCUCCACGCAACUUAGCAUCUCCUCCCCAUCAGACCCUCCCUUCUUCCCACUUUCCUUUGCCCACCACCACACAGACCCACUCUCCUAGACCUUACUUCUAUUCUUUGGACCCUAAUUCUGACUUUGUUCCUCUUCCUUCCUCUUCCUCUCUACCACGAUCCUCCUCUUGCUUUCGCCAAAACUAUACUUAUUUUGGUGAAAAACUCCCCUCUCCACACUCCCCCUCCCCCUCCAACUAUCAGCUAUGUCUCUCUCCCCCUCUGACCCGCUCCUUUCUUUCCCAGCUACAAAAUUCCUCUUCUCAUUCCUGUAAGUCCCCUUCUCGUCUCCAGAACUUUCAAAGCUCCAAGAUCACUUCCCCUGACCCCAGCUUGCCUUCUCGAGGGGUUCAGAGUAAGAAGCAAGCCCAGCAGUGUCCCCAGUCCAGAAGCAGCAGGUCCUCUAGGCGGGUAAGGGGAUGUGUGCCAAGCAAGGUGAACCCUGCAGAAUUCAAGGACCCAGAUACCCUCACCCAAGUCCUGGUGGACCAUGUGGGGCGCUGCAGAAUCGCACGAGACCUGCAGAUACAGCUUCUGCAGCGCCUGUGGCUCGGCACAGCCAGCCCGGCCCCAGUCGUGGAGUACCCCAUAUGUCUAGUGUGUCUCCAGCUCCGCACCCCAUCUUGCCCCACCCCCAAGUACAAGACUAUACCCCUGCUGCUUGCCUUCCCUAAACUUCUGCCCUGUGCCCAGGGCCCAGAACCUGGGCCUCUCGGAAUAGGCAUUGGUUUCAAGCUCCACCUGGCUCGGGGCCAGGCCAAGGCUUUGCAUCUGCUGCCCAAAAAACUCCCGAAGGGAGCAGAGUCUCAAGAAGAGGCCCUCCAGAGUCAAAAACCAGCAACCCAGGGACCGAUUCAAAUCACCAGUGACCAAUUCAGUUCACUGGCACACUCUUCCAGCCUCCAGUCUGUAGACCUUCAUUCACCAAAACCCAGCCAGUGUUCCGGGUCUCUACUUCAGGAGCCAAGACUGUGUCCCCAAAGCCCACACCUUCUGUCUCAGAGGCCUGUGCCUCUAGGGUCUAUUCUCUGA